GCCGCGUACCUGCGCGUUAAGAGGCGGCCGCGUAGGCUUGGAGGCAGCGACCCGACUUCCGACAUGAAGUCGAGGUCGGUGGGUCCCGGGCCGGUGCUGGUGCUGCUGCUGCUGCUGCUGCUCCGAGCGGCGUCCGUGCGCGGGGUCCAGCGUCCGCGCCGCUACACCCCGGACUGGCAGAGUCUGGACUCCCGGCCGCUGCCGGACUGGUUCGACAAGGCCAAGUUCGGGGUGUUCGUGCACUGGGGCGUGUUCUCGGUACCGGCCUGGGGCAGCGAGUGGUUCUGGUGGCACUGGAAGGGCGAGGGGCUGCCGCAGUACGAGCAGUUCAUGAGCGACAACUACCCGCCCGGCUUCAGCUACGCGGACUUCGGGCCGCAGUUCACGGCGCGCUUCUUCCACCCGGAAGCCUGGACCGACCUCUUCCAGGCGUCCGGGGCCAAGUAUGUAGUCCUGACGACAAAACACCACGAAGGCUUCACAAAUUGGCCAAGCCCUGUGUCUUGGAACUGGAACUCUAAGGAUGUGGGUCCCCAUCGUGAUUUGGUUGGUGAGUUGGGAAAAGCCCUCCGGAAGAGGAAUAUACGUUAUGGACUCUACCACUCACUUUUAGAAUGGUUCCACCCACUCUACCUACUUGAUAAGAAAAAUGGCUUCAAAACACAGUAUUUUGUCCGUGCAAAAACAAUGCCAGAACUAUAUGACCUUGUUAACAGAUACCAACCUGACUUGAUUUGGUCUGAUGGAGAGUGGGAAUGUCCUGAUACUUACUGGAACUCUACGGAGUUUCUUUCUUGGCUCUACAAUGAUAGCCCAGUCAAGGAACAGGUAGUGGUAAAUGACCGGUGGGGUCAGAACUCUUCCUGUCACCAUGGAGGAUACUACAACUGUCAAGAUAAAUUCAAGCCAGAGAGCUUGCCAGAUCACAAGUGGGAAAUGUGUACCUCCAUAGACAAGCUCUCCUGGGGCUUUCGUCGGAACAUGGUGAUGGGGGACAUUGCAAGUGAAUGUGAAAUCAUUUCGGAACUGGUGCAGACCGUGAGCCUGGGAGGCAACUACCUUCUUAACAUUGGAGCAACUAAAGAUGGACUGAUUGUUCCCAUCUUCCAAGAAAGGCUUUUUGCUGUGGGGAAGUGGCUGAGCGUCAAUGGGGAGGCGAUCUAUUCCUCUAAACCAUGGAGGAUACAACUGGAAAAGAACACGACGUCUGUGUGGUAUACCUCAAGAGAAUCGGCGGUUUAUGCCAUUUUCCUGCACUGGCCAGAAAACGGAGUCUUAAACCUUGCAUCCCCUGUAACUACCUCGACUACACAGAUAACGAUGCUGGGGAUCCAGAAAGAUCUGAAGUGGUCCACAGAUCCGGAAGAAGGUCUGCUCAUUUACCUGCCUCAGCUGCCACUCUUCACUCUGCCAAUUGAGUUUGGCUGGACUAUAAAGAUGACAGGAGUCCAUUGAUCGUUGGGAGUUCAGGCAGAACUGCCUCCUCUUUGCUGCUUUGGUUUUCCUCUUAUAGCACCAGCAUUGUAAUAAACUACUUCUCUACUCAGAGAUGGCUUUUCCAACACAUUUUAAUCAAAGGAACUGAGUGCAUUAUACUGAUGUCUCAGUGGAUCAGUGGAUCAGAGAAUCUGAGAUCCAUUGCUAGCAUACCUCUCCCUGAUCAGCAGGAGGCACUAACCGGUUAAGCUCUGAAUUCAUCCUUCUGUUCCUAACCUGGGAAAUUAUCUACCCCAGAAACUUCAUUCCAUUCUCUGUGUUUGAAACCUGUCUCCUUAAUCAAUGACUUCAGAUUAAGGAAUGAGCCAAGUCACCCUACUGCCUAUGGAAAGAAGUAGAAAGGAUUUGGCAAGCUCAGCCGUUUGCUGUGUACUUAGCAUCAGUUGUCCCCAGCACCCCUCAGAGGAGGAGAGCCUGGAAGGGAAGGAAAAGCUUUGCUAGAGCUGCUAGUGAUCAGCCCUUUGGAAGUUUCCAAAGCAAAGUAGGGGCUCAGAAAAUCAGUCUGUUUACAGUGGUAUUUUGAAGAAAAUGAAUGUGAUUCUGCCCUGCUUUUUAAAAUAUGAUCCAAUAAAUAAAUUUUUAUGUCAAAUCA